UGUCCAUCACCAUCAUCAGCCUGCUGUCUCUGCUGGGCGUGGUCCUGGUUCCCAUCCUCAAACAGUCCUGCUUCAAGUUCCUGCUCACCUUCCUGGUGGCGCUGGCAGUGGGCACGCUGAGCGGCGACGCGCUCCUUCACCUGCUGCCUCAUUCUCAGGGACAGCACGACCACAGCCAGCACGACGGCGGUGACACAGAUCUGGGAUCAGAGUUUGAUGGAGUGUGGAAGGGGCUCACCGCGUUGGCCGGCAUCUACCUCCUCUUCAUCAUCGAGCACUGCAUCGGCAUGUUUAAGCACUACAAAGACCAGAAGGGCACAAAGAAGACGAGCGAGGAGGGGAAGAUUGGCAGGAAGCUGUCAGAUCACAAGUUAAACCGGCGCUCAGACGCAGAGUGGCUGAACCUGAAGCCGCUCGCUGAAGACCCAGAGAGUUCGGCCGUCUCCUGCGACAGCGCUCACAACGACACGCAGCUCACAGAGCUGCAUGCGCCCGAAUCCUCCACCAACACGACGCCGCUGGCGCUCGCCGACCCCCAACACAACCAGCUGUCGCCCUCGAAGAAGAACGGCCACAAGAAGCACGGCCACUCGCACGGUCACGGCCACUCGCACGGAGGAAACUGUCACUCGGACCAGGAGAUGAAGGAUGCGGGGAUAGCCAGCAUCGCCUGGAUGGUCAUCAUGGGAGACGGCAUGCACAACUUCAGCGACGGCCUCGCUAUCGGAGCUGCUUUUAGUGCCAACCUAACGGGCGGCAUCAGCACAUCUGUGGCUGUUUUCUGCCACGAAUUACCUCAUGAACUGGGUGACUUUGCGGUGCUGCUGAAAGCCGGGAUGACGGUGAAGCAGGCCAUCGUGUACAACCUGCUGUCGGCCCUCAUGGCCUACGUGGGCAUGCUGAUCGGCACAGCCGUGGGUCAGUACACGCACAACGUCACCAGCUGGAUCUUCGCCAUCACUGCUGGCAUGUUCCUCUACGUGGCUCUGGUGGAUAUGCUGCCAGAAAUGCUCCACGGGGACAGCGAGGAGCACAAGCGCUGCCACUUYGGACACUUUAUCCUGCAGAACGUAGGCAUGAUGACCGGGUUCAGCAUCAUGUUGCUAAUCGCCAUCUUCGAAGACCGCAUCGUCUUCGACUUCGGCUUUUAGACGGGCAGAGGAGGUGGAGCAGAGGAGAGCCGGCUGCGUCCGUGUCGUUUCGUCUGCUUGGCCUUCGCGUGCUUUCUUCGUGCAUGCAUCUCUCGUUUGUGCCUCCAUUCCACACAUGGCUUCUGCUGCACCUGAUGUUCGCUCCUCCGUCWCCUGCGCCCGUCCUCUCUCAUCCGUCUGCUCCGUUUGAAGCACAACCAGUCAGAAAAAUGAAGCCGUGAAACUCCUCCCUCAGCUCCUAAACAACAAAACAAAGAGCUGGUUGUAAGUUCUUUCAAAGAGGCAGCUGCCACGCCCCGAAACUCACCGUCUCUCCAUCGUCACCCGUCGUCGGCGCGUUGUUUCAGUGUCCCCCGUGUCCUCGUCUCAUCCACCCGCUGCUGUGUCCACCUGCAUCCAUCAAACACCUCUGUGCUGAGCGCCGGCCACCGGAGCGUCUCCACUGCUUCCCGUCACACGGCCCUCAAAGAGGCGCAGGGCCCGCUUGCUGCCACGCCCCCAACAGACCUUUAAAGGGUCCGUGACUUCAAAUUUUUUGUCAUAAAUUUGGAUUCAUUUUUGGAAAA